GGGGAGAGGAGGCGGGGGAGGAGUGAUGAGAAUGAUGAGAAUGAUGCAGGAGCUAUCCCUAUUCCUGUCAGUCAGCCUCGCUCACCUCAGGCCGCUGUGACGUUGGCUGCAGCCCUGUACGCCUUAACUCCCGACCAUGGAUCCUUCCGCAAGCCUCGAGCUCAUGGACUCUUCCUCCUCCAUGGCAUCCUCCUACCGUGAGGACGGAAGCGGCACUCCAUCGUUUGGUCAGGAGGGCCACCAGCACCAGUACCAGCACCAGUACCAGCACCAGCAGCAGCUCUGCCUGCAGCAGCUCGAGCUUGAGCAGGAUGACGAAGAGGACACUCUGACCCGACAGCAGUCGAUGGUGAGCAAUGCUCUCCUCUCUUCUUUCUUUCUGUGGUCGGUUGGUCGGUUGGGUGGCGUGUGUUUCUAUGUUUUUGCGGUCGGUUGGGUGGCGUGUGUCGUACCAGGAACAGGCAACACAGGAGAUGCGGAUGCGUCUUGAGGAAUCGGCCAAGAGGGAGUUGGCCCUGCAGACCGCUCAGGCGCAGAUGAGGGUCAGCACAUCACUCGCACGCAGAGCUUUUUUCCCACGAACCAAAUACCUACCUCUGCAUGUCCAUGCCAUUCAGAGUGUCGUGUCCAAGGUUGUGGACAAAGCCAACUCGGUCGAUCUCGUGACCAUGAUGGACUGCACCGGCAGCAUGACGCCCUACAUGCGAGAGGCGAAGCGCACCCUGACCCAUAUCAUCGACGAACUCAAGGUAGCCGCACGACGCUCCACCACACUAAUCAUCGACAACCGUCACACCUGUUGUGCUGCAUUCUCUCAGGACUCGAACCCCAACAUGCGCUUCCGCGUCGGAUUCGUCGGCUACCGCGACUUCGAGGGCGGAAGUAAGCGGCUGGCCAUCUGGCCGCUCACUGACGACAUCGCAUCCGUGACGGACUUCAUCGCUCGGCAGAAGGCGUUUGGCGGAGGCGGCGAUGGGCCUGAGGAUGUGGCGGGGGCCCUAAAGGCGGUGGGCGACAUGCAGUGGCAGGCUCUGACCAAGGCAGUCAUUCAUGUGGGCGACGCCCCGCCCCACGGCCUACAGUACCACGACAACACCUGCCCGGGGCACGGCGAUGAGUAAGGGGAGAGACCGCAGAGGCCGACGUAAACAUCGCGUGUUUGUUUGUUUGUGUGUGUGUGUACGUCAGUUACCCUGGUGGCGAUCCGAAUGGCCUUCGCAUCGAGCAGCUGAUGCAAGGAUUCCGCGCCCUCGGUCUGGACUACUGCUUCGUCAGGAUCACCAAGCACACCGGCAAGAUGAUCGAGGUCAUGCGUGCCGCCUACGACGACCCGGCCACGUUGCGCCAGGUCCAGGUGGAGCACCUCGGGGGCGACAUCGCCGCCUUCAAGCGCAUCGUCGUCCGCUCGGUAGGCAGGCAAACAAACAAACAGGCCGCAGCCACCGCGCCGGUGUGUUUGCAUGUUUGAUGUGUGGUGCUCCGUCUUUUUGUGCAGGUGUCUAAGUCCAUCUCGAACUCGGUCAAGCGAAUGUCGCAGCCGACGCCCGUCCGCCGUCGCAGCUCCAUCAUGGGACCCAACAGUGGCUGGCUCGCCUCCAUUGCUGAGGACAAGCCCUCUCAGCCGCGCAAGCUUCGCGUCGACAAGAGCCCUCCUAACUGGGACGCUCUCAAUGGGACGGUCAGCGCCAGAAGGAGUGGAGUGUGGUGUGUCCAUCAUCCUUUCUCUCAUCUCUGUCUCUCUGUGUGCAGGAAGAGGACGCCUGCCGGUACACGUACCACGUCGUGCUGGACAGUAAGGGCACCUGGAAGGCCCCCGAGAUCACUGAGACCAAGCAGGACUCGCGUGUGCAGCUGCAGAAGGCCCCCUUUGCCGAGGGCGCCAUGCGGUACGCCUUCUACAUGAAGGAGCAUUUCCUCGACCUGAAGAGGGUGGGCAGGGAGACAGAGAGUGAGGGAGGGAGAAACGGACGGCGCAUUUUUGUUGUGUGUCGCUCUCUCAGGUGGCCAAGUUGCCGAUAGAGUCCCACCGUGGUGGCGAGAAGCUGCGCAAAGACGUGUUGGCUGACAUGGAGACGCAGGCCGUCAGCAAGGCACUGGCAAAGGUGUUCAACGAGGCGCUCCUCAAGAAAGGCAUCAAACGCAUGAUCGACUUCAUCGACGUCUGUAAGUCAAUGAACGGCAGAGAGGUUGACCUGUACUCACGUGGAGUGCUGUGGAGUGCUGUACUGUCAUAUGAACCUUUCAGCUGUGUACGAGUUGCCGUCUCGCGGCGAGAGCGAGCGCUGGGUGGCAGUCGAGCCCUUCGUCGAGGGACGGUACGAGAAGUACACCAACAACAACGGCUGGGUUAGCAACGAGACCGGCAGCCAGCUGGCACAGGCCUUCUCCCACUGGAGCUGGGAACACACUGGCGGAGAGCUGAUGGUAUGAUGGAUAGCAGGCAGGCAGACAGAGAGCCAGUGCAGACAGCAUCCUACCCUGCUUGUUGCUCGCCGCCUCGCCUGUCGUACAGGUGGUUGACAUUCAGGGCGUCAACAACAUCUACACCGACCCACAGAUCCACUCAAAGGUCAGGCGAGAGAGCUGGGCGCCUCAAUGGCACACCUGUCGCUGUGUGGUGUCUUCAGGACAUGACUCGUUAUGGCCACGGCAACCUGGGCGAGGAGGGCAUGGGCAAGUUCUUCGCCUCCCACACGUGCAACGAGGUCUGCGUGCGCCUCGGGCUGGACCACCCCAACCCCACGGCGGCCGAGCGAAUGAUGCGCACAUUCAAGAGUGAGACCACACACGAGCUUUGACCGGCAGCAUGAUAAGGCCAUCUUGCUGCAGAUGCGAUGACGCGUGUGCCGGAGGAUCUGAGCCUCAGGUGCCGUGGCAAGCGAGUGGAGCUGCAGACGUCUUGCGAACUGUGCGGCGCCAUAUUCGAUGUAUGUGAGGAGACAGCCAUCACGAUGCACACUGCAGUCAGUCGUGUCGGUGUCUCGUGCUGACAGGUGGAUGUAUCGCGUUACUUGGACUUCCGCAGGCAGGGCCGCGACGUCUACUGCGCCACUUGUGAGAAACGCAUGGCCCAGGAGGUGACCAAGGCCAGGUGCGCCAAGUGCGGCAACCAGUUCACCUUCUCGUCCUUCUGGUACCGCUGCAAGGGCGUCAAGGAGCCAACCACGCACACAAGGUGCCGGGCCAAGUAGACGCCGGCCAUGGCUUAUCGCAAUUGGAUUUGUCUAGACAACUUUUUGCCCUCUUUGAAUUUCUCAUGGCUGGUGAAUCGAAUCGACAGAAGAGACUGGUUGAACGUGAUGUCGAUCCGCGCGAUCGGUGUGCGCACGUGAUCUGUGUGUCUGUGGUAUGGAUGGUGUGCAGACGAGCAUUUAUGCGUCGCGUGGCGGCGAUAGGAUCAUUCAUUCAUAAGCUAUUGCGUUCCGUCACCAUGAAGGUCGACUCAAAUCGCAGAGAAGAGACUGUUUGUAUGUGACCAUCCAUGGUGUCUGUACACAUCUUGCCUCAACAAUGUCC